AUGAGGGACUACAACUGGCCAUUUACUCAGUACUACAGGCAUCUCUUGGCUUUUAUUUUUGCCAUCGAUGAGAUAAACGGUAAUCCGUAUAUUUUACCCAAUGUGACUCUGGGAUACCAUGCACUCGAUUCCUGCGGAGAUGUGAAUAAAGCCAUAGACAAUGUGUUACAGAUAUUAUCCGGACCCUCUAGGACCGUCCCCAAUUACUCCUGUAGAGGUCACGGCCAACUGGCUGGGGUUAUUGGAGAUCUGUCUUCAAAAACAUCCAUACAAAUCGCCACCAUACUGAGCCUGUACGAUUACCCACAGAACUUUUUAAGAAGACUUAAUUUAAAAUACCCCAGUGGAAAGGAUGUUUUCUUUAACGAGAAUGGAGAAAAUGAGUUUGUCUAUCACAUUAAUAAUUAUGUAGUGUUUUCCAAUAAAACUUACUUAGAACAACAUGUCGGGAUGUUCAAUGUGUCCGCUCCAGAAGGAGAGCAACUUGCCAUCAAUAAAAGCAACAUAACAUGGAAAUACAACUCCAUGGAGCCUAUCUGGGGUGUAUUCGCUAACCCGGGAGAUCCCAGGAACUUAGUCCAGCUGAGCUCAGACUCUUUGGUGGGAAGAUACAACUGCAACUCUCCCAACUUCCAGAUUCCUCGUUCUCGAUGUUCUGAAGAUUGUCCUCCUGGCUACAGGCGAGUUUUGCACAAAGGGAAACACAACUGCUGCUUUGACUGCGUCCCGUGCUCAGAAGGAGAGAUCUCCAACACAACAGAUGGAGAGUCUUGCCAGAAGUGCCCAGAGAACCAGUGGCCAAAUGAGAAGAAGGAUACUUGUGUUCUGAAACCCACUGAAUUUUUAUCCUUCAAAGACAAUUUAAUUGCAUUGGUGUUUAGUACAAUAUCAGUUCUUAUGUCUGUCAUAACCUCCAUUAUCUUGGUUAUAUUUAUUUUGUACCGAGACACCCCCAUUGUCAGAGCUAAUAAUAGAAAUCUCAGUUUCGUCCUCCUGGUGUCCAUCAUGCUGAGCUUCCUCUGUGUGUUUCUGUUCCUUGGUCGUCCUGUGGAUAUAACCUGCAUGCUGCGACAAACUGCUUUUGGGGUCAUCUUCUCAAUAGCCGUGUCUUCUCUGUUGGCCAAGACCAUCAUGGUCUGCAUCGCUUUCAAAGCCACCAAACCCGGCAGCAAGUGGAGAAAAUGUAUUGGAGUCAAAAUACCCAAUUAUGUUGUGUUUAUUUGCUCAUUUAUUCAGGUUGUAAUUAGCAUCUGCUGGUUGUCUAUUUCCCCUCCGUUCCAGGAAAUGAACACUCACUCCUACCCUGGAAAGAUCAUUAUUCAGUGUAAUGAGGGGUCAGAAGUCGCCUUUUACACUUUUCUGGGGUACAUGGGCUUCCUGGCCGCUGUGAGUUUCGUUGUCGCUUUCCUGGCCAGGAAAUUACCGGACAGUUUUAAUGAAACCAAGUACAUCACCUUCAGCAUGCUGAUCUUCUGUAACGUCUGGAUCUCUUUUAUCCCGGCUUAUAUGAGCGUUAUGGGCAAAAACACAGUGAUUGUAGAGAUUUUUGCUAUAUUAGCUUCUAGCACUGGAAUUCUGGGCUCUAUAUUUUUCCCAAAAUGUUUUAUCAUUUUGGUGAAUCCCAGCAUGAACACAAAGAGACGAUUGCUAAAUGUGGGAUUUUAA